GCCUCUUCUAACGGGAAGACUCGACGAGUCAGCUACUAGUCCCAAAUCUCUUCCAGUUAACAAUAUAUGGUUCAAUAUGAAGAUUACCUAGUUGGAGUUGGUUUAUUGAUAUUAUCUAUAGAUCGGUACGCAUGCGUACUUUUCCUCAAGACAGGCGGAAUCUGUGCUUGGUCGUGGGAUGUAGUGAUCCGUCACGCAGGCCUGAGGCUAUGUAGUAGGCUACUUCAAGCUGGGCAGGAAAGCAAAGGAUGUGGAUUUGGUAUAUUUUGCUAACUUCGGGGCCAGGACCUAGUUUGGUUGGCAGCCAGGCUGUGUAUGGAAACAGCAGCAGUGGCGGCGGCAGCAGCAACAUCAGCAGCAGGGUCUGCAGCGCUCCCUCCAACUUCACCUGUGCGGACGGCCAGUGUGUGCCUGUCACGGCCCGCUGUGAUGGCCUGCCAGACUGCUAUGACCAGAGCGAUGAGAAGGGAUGCACCACGCUGCAUUCCAAGUGCUCCCCUACAUUCUUCGCGUGUGCCAACGGAGUACACUGCAUCAUCGGCCGCUUCCACUGCAACGGCCUCCCAGACUGCCCAGAUGGCAGUGACGAGCUCGACUGCAUAGAUAACCAGGAGCUGUGUGCCAGUGCGAGCCGCUUCCACUGUGACAACGGCCACUGCGUCCACCGAAGCUUCCUCUGCAAUGGAGAGGACAACUGCAGAGACAACAGUGACGAGGAGAACUGUGAAGUUACCACAGAGUACCCUCCUCACUGUGUCUACCCGAUGGACUUCCCCGACUCGGGCCUGACGCUGCGCGUGGUGAUGUGCUGCGCCCUCUUCAUCUGCCUGCUGUCCGCCGUCUUCGGCCUGGUGCUGCACCACCAGCGCAAGCGCGCCCUCCUCCUGACCGGACCCCACCACGCCGCCUCCGGCACGCAUCCGGCCCACCUCCGGCAACGCCAUCGGCUCCGGCACCGCCAGCCGCUGCUGCUGUCCCACUUCGUCAUCCUGGACCCUGGAGGAUACCCCGGUCGUGGGGACCCUGGAGGAUACCCCGGUCGUGGGGACCCGGGGCCGUCGCCCCCUUCCUCCGCACCCUCCAGCCCCAGCCCCUUCUCCUCCGGCUGCCCCACCCUGCCUGCUGCUGCUGCUAACGCCGGCUCCCCGCCGUCCUACUCGGAGGCAGCGCUGGACUCCAGCUACCCCUCCUGGUUUGACCUUCCCCCUCCUCCGUACGUGCCCAGCCCUGUGGCAGAGGGCCAAACACAGCCCCAACUCCAGCGCCAGCCCCAGGCUGCUCCAGACCUGCCCCCCUACGUGGCCAUCCAGGAGCCCCCAGACGCCUCCUCCGCACCCCGCCACCAUGGGGAGCCAGCUCCCAGCCUCCCCAGCGAGACCAUCAUCACCCCCAGUCAGAGAACCACAAUCACAGAUUAGCACUUUAUUGGAAACACACACGUUGUGUUACAUUGCAUUGUAUUACAUUACUGUACAUUACACUUAGCAGGUACUUCAGUGCAUAAAAGACUUUCAGUUUACUUAGGUACAAGGUUACACAUCAAUGGAGCUACUGUGUGUCAGGUUCGAUGCCUUGCUCAAGGGCCCUUCAGCUGUGUACGAUGGUGCAAGAGAGCACCCACACCAGAGAGAGUAGAGAGAGAGAGAGGUUCCAUUGGCCCAUUGUUUCUGGGUUCUAUUAUUGCAAGGGGGAGUGGGGGGAAAUCCCCCUUUAGGCAGACCUAGGCAGACCUAAGGACUGUUCUAUUCAAUGCUAGGAGCAUUAUGACACGCCCCUUUAGGCAGACCGGAACCUGGUCACAUUAGGUGCCCAUAGCAACCUAUUACAGUGGCAUAUCUCUAUAUACUUAAAGAAUCUCUGCCCACACACUUCCCACUGGUACAGUACGUAGGGGUGUAAAUAGUAAGAGUUUUGAAUCCAUGCAGCGAUCCUAUAGCCCACGAUUCAAUCAAUCGAUUCAUCCACAAGAGAACCUAUUCAUCGUUAUCAAUUGAUUUUUGUAAUUAUUGCACACUUUUUGUGAGGCAUUUUAUGUUGCUCAAUAAUACUGACCAUUUGACCCUUUGAGAUGCUCCUUAAAUGAAUUGCAAUGCAGAUAUUUCAGCUUUUGUUGAUUUAUUUAACAUUUCAAACAUCAGCAACGCCAGUAAAGUUUAAAAAAGAAAAAAGAACCAUUGAUUUGAAUCGAAUCGAAUUUAAUUGAAUCAUGGAGCAUUUUUAAGUAUCGAAAAUAAUUUAAUCGCUGCCUUAAGACAUCAAUAUCGAAUCGAAUUGCCAUGAAGGCUGUGACUUACACCCCUACUGGUUCAGGAGUUGAACUCUGAUCUUAAUAGCAGCUCUUUAAGCAUGAGGCCACCGCAGCGCUGCAGAGCAUGAAAGAUAUCGAGUCUGUCAGUGGCGCUCACAUCCCCUGAUAGUAAUCAUGGUACUACUAAACCAGUGCCCCUGUCUUGUAGAUGGGUAUGCCACUAUUUUGGGGCUUAAUACAGUUAAAAUCGUUGGCCAUAAACGAGUUUAUAAAGGUGGUUAAG